GCUUGUAAAUACAGCACAUGUCAACAGGUCAUUGAAAAGAGCGCGCUUCGCUGUCUUGUUUUCAUUUUCGCCGAAACGUUUCCGAAAGAUGUUUUGCACCGCUUCUCGGCCCGGCGUGCGUUAAUGCGUUGCGAGUGAAUAUUCUCUCCAAGCGCGGCUCAGCCGCAGUCGAGUCAGUGGUUCAGCUGUGGUAGGGGCGCCCCCAAACAUACAUCAUGCCGGAGUACAUGAUCAACGGUAUUCCGGUGAACUUUCCGUUCGAGCCGUACGAGCUGCAGAAGAACUACAUGGCCAAGGUGAUCGAGUGUUUGCAGAACAAAACGAACGGUGUGCUGGAGUCGCCGACCGGCACCGGCAAAACGCUCAGCCUGCUGUGCUCCUCCAUGGCCUGGUUGCUGCACAUGAAGCCAAAGCAACCGAAGCACCGAAUGGAGACGAUCGACACACUGCCAGAGCCCCCGGAGCUGAGCAACGCGAAACAUGCCGCCCUCGAUCCGGAACAGGCGCUUGCCCUGCAGCAGCAGAAGGCCAACGCGAAGAUGAAGAUCAUCUACGCGUCCCGCACCCACUCGCAGCUGUCCCAGGCGAUGCAGGAGCUGAAGAACACCAGCUACCUGUUCGUGCGCUCCAUCAUCCUGGGGUCGCGCGACCAGCUCUGCAUACACCCGGACAUCUCGAAGCAGGAAAACAACGCGAUCAAGACGGUGCUGUGCCGGGAGUCGGUGAAGGCCCGCAACUGCUCUUUCUACAACCGCGUCGAGACGGCGAAGGACCGGCCGGACGUGGCGACCGUGCCCGUGAUGGACAUCGAGGAUCUGGUGACGGUCGGCCGCAAGCUAAAGGCGUGCCCGUACUAUCUGUCCAAGGAGCUGGUCGAGCAGGCGGACGUCAUCUUCAUGCCGUACAACUAUCUGCUCGAUCCGAAGGCGCGCAAAUCGAACGGGCUCAGCCUGCAGAACACCGUGAUCAUACUGGACGAGGCGCACAACGUAGAGAAGAUGUGCGAGGAGGUCGGUUCGGCCCUGCUCCGGUCGUCCGACAUUGCGCUCGCGAUCGAGGACACGUCCGCCGUCAUCAAGUCGAUGAUGGACGGGGGCGGUGCCUGGACCGGCGACGGGGAAAAGCAGCUCGAGCUCACGCUGGACGAUCUGGUGCUGCUGAAAGAGAUUCUGCUCGGCGUGGAGAAAGCGGUGGACGACAUUCCGAUCCUGUUCUCGCAGGGCGGCACCACCCAUCCGGGCACGUACAUAUUCGAUCUGCUGGAGAAGGCGAACAUCAAGUUCGGCAACAUUAACGUGGUACUGCAGGUGAUGAACUCGCUCAUCACGCACAUCACCACCGAGAAGACGGGCGGCUUCAUGCGGCGCGGUGCCGGUUUGCAGUCGAUGGUGGACUUUCUUGAGGUGGUGUUCGCUAGCAGCGGGCCCGAGUACCGCCAGGCGGUCGAGAAGUGUUUCCGCGUGCACAUCGAGCCGGAGGAACCCAAGCAGUUGGCCAAGGGUGGCGUGAAGCGGGCGGACGGCUGGACGGCGACCAAGCAGCCACUCAAGGCGCCGGUCAAGUCCACCUCGAAGGUGAUCAACUUCUGGUGCUUCAAUCCCGGGUUCGGCAUGCGGCAGCUGGUGGACAGUGGGACGCGCAGCAUCAUACUGACGAGCGGCACGCUCGCCCCGCUCAAGCCGUUCAUCAGCGAGCUCAGCCUGCCGGUGGCGGUCAGCCUGGAGAACCCGCACAUCAUCGACCGCAGCCAGGUGUACGUGAAGGUGAUCACGCACGGGCCGGACCGGUUCGAGCUGAACUCGAGCUUCAAGAACCGGUCCAACCCGGAGUACAUCGCGUCGCUCGGCCGUACCGCACUGUCGCUCUGCCCCAUCAUCCCGGGCGGGCUGCUCAUCUUCUUUCCCUCCUACCCGCUGCUGAACAAGUGCAGCGAGGAGUGGCAAGCGUCCGGCAUCUGGGGGCAGAUCAGCCGCCUCAAGCAGAUCUUCGUGGAGCCGCGCGGCAAGGACCAGUUCACCACGACCAUGGCGGAGUACUACGCGCAGGUGCGCGACCCGGCCAGCCGCGGUGCCAUCUUUAUGGCCGUGUGCCGCGGCAAGGUGUCCGAGGGGCUGGACUUUGCCGACGCGAACGGGCGCGCGGUCAUGAUCACGGGCCUGCCGUUCCCGCCGAUGAUGGACGCGCGGGUGGUGCUGAAGAAGCAGUACCUCGACACGAACCGGACGCGCGAGAACGAGCUCAUCACCGGCAACGACUGGUACUCACUGGAGGCGUCCCGCGCCGUCAACCAGGCGAUCGGGCGCGUCAUUCGCCACAAGGACGACUACGGCGCGAUACUGCUGUGCGAUUCGCGCUUCCAGAACGCCCGCCAGCAGGCGCAGCUGUCGACCUGGAUACACAGCCACCUGCGGGAGAGCAGCGCCGUGCCGAACUUCGGCACGGUGGUCGGCGAGAUGUCACGCUUCUUCCGCCACAUGAGCACGGCGAGCCUGCCGGCCCGGGUGCGGGACGUGUGCGCCGUAAAGGACGAGCCGGCGGAGGCGGCGAAGGAGGAGCCGGGCAAGGGGAAGCGGUUCGCUACCGCCGUCAAGGGUGGCGGGAUCAACACGUUUGCGGAAAAGUUUCGGCUGAGCGAGUAUCUGCCAGACUCGAUGAAAGUGAACCCCCACUCGCGAAGCACCAAGUCGGCGGGCGACGAUGCGGAGGCUGGCGGCAGCGGGCUGGUGACGCUGUACAAGCGCGAACGAAACGAUGGCGAGGGGCCGCCACCGUCGGCCGGUGCGUUUGAAGCGACGCGCAAGAGGCGAAAAAUUGUGAUCGUCCCGCAGCCUCUCGUUAAACGCGAGGAUACGGAGGACGGGGAGAACGUGCUGCUGCCGGUGAAGCAGGAGCCGGAUGUGGCGGCCGCUGCCAACGUAAAGCGCGUUGCGCCGGAGAAUCGGGUGGACUUUUUGCGCGAGGUCAAGUGUUCGCUAAGCGCGGGAAGCUAUAAAACGUUCCUACAGUCGCUCGCCGUGUACAACAGGAAUAGCGAUUUUGUGCUGUUUAUUAAGCAGCUGUGCUCCUGCUUCAACAAACCACACUUGCACUACCUAUUGCUGGCGAUGCGGCGAUUCAUCAAGCAAGAACAUACGCUUGAAUUCGAUACGAUCAUAGAGAAAAUUGAAGCCCGAUUCUUCAGCGACAUGUAAUGUAAGUUAGUUUUUUGUAAAAAUACAUGGAUAUUGGAAUCCUACCGAACUUUA